AUGAACAGACAAGUCUGCAAGAAAUCUUUCAGCAGUGGGAGCCAGGGCUUCUCUGGUCGCUCCGCUGUGGUCUCUGGUAGCAGCAGGAUGAGCUGUGUGGCCCGCUCUAGGGGGGGCAGUGGAGGAGCCUGUGGGUCCCGAAGUGGAGCAGGUGGCUUUGGCAGCCACAGCCUCUAUAACCUGGGUGGCAGUAAGAGCAUUUCUUGCAGUGUUGCAGGCAGUGGCUUUGGUGGAGGGCGCAGCAGCUAUGGCAGUGGUUUUGGGGGUCGCUAUGGAGGUGGUAUUGGUGGUGGCUUUGGUGGAGGCAGAGGAGUAGGAGGGGGCUUUGGAGGAGCUGGUGGUUUUGGAGGAGCUGGUGGCUUUGGAAGAGUUGGUGGCUUUGGUGGUCCUGGUGGCUUUGGUGGCCCUGGUGGCUUUGGUGGUCCUGGUGGAUUUGGCCCUGGUGCCUUCCCUGGAGGAAUCCAAGAAGUGACUGUCAACCAGAGUCUCCUGCAGCCCUUAAAUGUGGAAAUCGAUCCCCAGAUUGGGCAAGUAAAGUCCCAGGAGCGGGAGCAGAUCAAGACCCUCAACAACAAGUUUGCCUCCUUCAUCGACAAGGUGCGGUUCCUGGAGCAGCAGAACAAAGUCCUGGAGACCAAGUGGAACCUACUCCAGCAGCAGACCACAGGCUCCAUCUCAGGCUCCAACAACCUGGAGCCUUUCUUUGAAUCCUACAUCAGCCACCUGCGCAGGAAGUUGGAUUUGCUUCUGGGAGAAAGAGGGAACCUGGAUGGAGAGCUGAAGACUAUGCAGGACCUGGUAGAAGACUUCAAAAAGAAGUAUGAAGAUGAGAUCAACAAACGCACAGCAGCAGAGAAUGAAUUUGUGGGGCUCAAGAAGGACGUAGAUGCGGCUUACAUGAUUAAGGUAGACCUGCAGGCCCGCACGGACAGCCUUACAGAUGAAAUCAACUUCCUGAGGACCCUCUAUGAAAUGGAGCUCUCCCAGAUGCAGAGUCAUGUCAGCGACACGUCUGUAGUGCUGUCAAUGGACAACAACCGCUGCUUGGAUCUGGACAGCAUCAUUGCUGAGGUCAAGGCUCAGUAUGAGGAGAUAGCACAGAAGAGCAAGAUUGAGGCUGAGUCUCUGUACCAGACCAAGCUUGGGGAACUACAGACCACAGCUGGCAGACAUGGUGAUGACCUGAGGAACACCAAGAGCGAGAUCAUGGAGCUCAACAGGAUGAUCCAGAGGCUACAGGCGGAGAUCGAGAAUGUCAAGAAGCAGAAUGCCAAUCUCCAAGCAGCCAUUGCGGAAGCUGAGCAGCGUGGGGAGUUGGCCCUCAAGGAUGCCAAUGGCAAGCUCCAAAGCCUGCAGGCCGCCUUGCAGCAGGCCAAGGAUGACCUGGCUCGGCUGUUGCGUGACUACCAGGAGCUCAUGAACGUCAAGCUGGCCCUGGAUGUGGAGAUUGCUACCUACCGCAAACUGCUAGAAGGCGAGGAGUGCAGAAUGUCUGGAGAAUAUCAGAAUGCUGUGAGCAUUUCAGUGGUCAACAAUGUCACCAGUACCAGCAGCAGCUCUGGCAGUAGCCGUGGAGGCUUCGGUGGGAUCAGCGGCAGCAGUAGUGGGAGUUACAGGGGCAACAGCAGCGGCAGCAGAGGCGGCAGCAGUGGCUACGGAGGAGCUGGCUGUGGCAGCAGCAGUGGAGGCCGAGGCAGCAGCGGGAGUUACCACCAGAGUGGCAGCAGUGGGGGCUAUCACAGUGGAAGCAGCGGAAGCAGGCUUGGUGGAGGAAGCAGCAGCUCCAUGGGCCAAAGUGGAAUUGGCUCCAGCUCUGGUGGCAUCCAGACCGCUGGAUGCAGUGGCUACAGGUCUGGCAGUGGAAGCAGCACCAGUGUCCGCUUCUCCCAGACCACCAGCUCCAGGCAGCACUGCUCCAAGUGA